GUUGAUUUUAUUAUUAUUCUUUUGGUUCACAUUCCACUUCUUGCGUGCCUUCGGUUGGACAAGGACGAAUCUCCUGCUUUUUUACUUUCUAAUGCCAACCCUUGCUGCUCACACCGCCAGCUUAUCCGUCUGUCUGCCGUACGCUACGGCGUGUGCUUUUUCUUCUGGCCGACCUCUUCUUCUUCAGCCCUAUCCCUAUCCCCAUCCCUCGUGUCCCCAUCCAUCGCUCGCCUUUGUCCUACUUUGUUUUUCCUUAACCCCAUGUCCAGUUGCUGGGUGCUACCACGCGCUCCAAAACAUUCCACCAUCUUUUGUUUGCUGAUGCUAUCCCCUAGUUCCUCGUAUGUUUCCCCCCUGUGUCAUGCUAGGCCUGUGGGUCGGGUUGUUCCUCAUGAUAAAAAAAAAAGCCUUUACAACUGCUUCACCCAAUUCUUAUGUAGUGGAGGGCGAUGCGAGUGGAAUGAUAAAAUUCAAAUAAAAUAAAAAAUAAUAAUGAAGUGGAGCAUGGAGCAUGGAGAAUGGCAAAGGGUG